CCCUUGUUGUUUACCUGCAACAAUAAACUAUCAAUUAAUCAAUCACAUCUAACAUUCUUUGUAAGUCUUGAUCUUGAUGUCACAGGUGGCUCGGGAUUUCUCCCCAGCCAGGCCUUUGUAUCGGCAGCUCCUGCGAAAAGAAAACAAAACAUGCGGAAAGUCUAUGUUCUCGGGGCAAGAUAUCAUUCCCAACAUCUUGCACGCCACAUGCCCUCCAAGAACUCUUUCACUGCCUCAAUCACUCGUCUCUCCACUGAGCCCCAGCAGCAGCACCAUCCACUCCCUUCCAGUCCUCCCAUUUACUCCACGUCCCAUCUCGCUCAGAAACACAUACAUCAUCUUCGUUCUCUCCCUGUCAUACUUCUUACAUUCCAGCACUACAUGCUGCACAGCCUCGUCCACACCCCUGUUACACAUCUGGCACACUUUGCUGCGGGACUCAGACCAUCUAUAGUUCCUUGCAUUCACAUCCAGACACUGCGCUCUAGCACGGAAAAGAUCACCUCCCAGGCUUCCCUCAUACCACACCUCACACUUUGGGGCCUCUUUCUCCCUGUACCAGUCGAGAGUUUCCUUUCUUUCCAUCUCAUUCUUCGACUUGCUCAAUCCCUCAUCUUUAACUGCCAUAUCUAUCACAUUCUUCCACUUUCUUACAUCCCACUCAAACCAAGAAGAAGAGGAGGAGGAAGAAGAAGAAGAGGAAGAGGAGGAGGACCCGUACAUGCCCAGACCAAGACCCAACCAACAUGGCCGCCGCCGGAGUUCCUCGCACGUUUAGAGCUCGACAGGACUCUUUGGAAAUGUAUGCCGAUGCUGAACUUGUCGAGAGGUACAGAUUAGACCGUGCGGGAAUUGAAUAUGUGACUGAUUUGUUGAGAAGAGAGAUACAAGAUCCAAUUCAAAGGAAGCAUUCCCUCACCCCUGAGUUGAAAGUGCUCUUGACCUUAAGAUACUUGGCUACCGGAAAAAUGCAGCAGUGUGCGAGUGACGAGUUCGGGGUGAGCCAGAGUAGUGUGAGCAGAGUGAUUGCUGAAACUCUUUCCGCCCUCAGUGCCCCUCAGCUUGUCAGGAGGUUUAUCGAGUUUCCUCUUGAUGGGGCGGAGAUCCGUGAAAAGCAGGCAGAAUUUUACCAAGUUGCACGUUUUCCCGGUGUUGUGGGAGUGAUAGACUGCAUCCAUGUGAAAAUAAUAACACCAAAGGAAAACGAAGUAGAUUACGUGAACAGAAAAAACUUCCACAGCUUGAACAUACAAUUAGUGUUUGAUGCCAACUACAAAAUAAUCAACCUGGUAUCAAAGUGGCCAGGGUCAGUGGAUGAUGCAAGUAUCCUGAAUGACAGUGGGCUUAAGCGGCUGUUUGAGGAGAAUCAUGUUCAAGAAAACUGCUAUCUGCUUGGGGACAGCGAGUAUGGAUGCACGCGCUGGCUGCUGACCCCAUUUCCAAGACCUCACCUGGAACAUGAGAGAAACUUUAACAGGGCACACAGAACUACACGCAAUUUGGUGGAACGUGGAAUUGGGCAGCUGAAGAGAAGAUUCCACGUUCUUCAAGGUGAGGUUCGUCUCAGCCCAGAGAAAACCUGCCAAGUUGUGACUUGUUGUGCUGUCCUUCACAAUAUUUGUAAGGCAAGAAACAUCCAAGCACCAGAGGAGAAGGAGGAGGAGGAUGGUCAAGAUGGCAGUGAUGAUGGCAGUGAUAGUGACCACAAUGAUGAUGAUUAUCACUUAGAUGACGACCGUGACAUGCCAGAGCAGGGUCUAGCACACAGACAGCUUAUAGCCAGACAACAUUUUUGAAUGAGACAUCAACAUGUAGUGUCACUUGGGAAUAUUUAAAUUUAAUGAAAUUGGAGGUCAGAGGAAAAAUUGGCCUUUGUGAUAACCCCUUUAGCAGACAGGUUUAAGUUCACAAAAAAAAAGUUUAAUACAAGAAAAUGGCCUCAUAAGACUGAAACAAACAAUUAGUGGAAGUAAACAAGGAUUAUUGCAAAAAAAAAUAUUUAAAUUAAAAAAUUUAUUCAAAUAAAAAAAAUCUGAUUUAACACAUUCCAUGCGACCCGACCCACUGGUGGGUCAGGUAGUUUAUUCCCUUGUGGCGGCCUGACCCACCGGUGGUCAUUUUGAUGCUAAUUACUAUCCUCCUAAUUAUCCAAUAUAGUAUCCACCUUUUAAUAUAUUUUUUGUAUUAAAGAUUCCCUUUCUAUGGAUAAGGCAUUAAAGAAAGAUAAUCAAUAAAAAUGAUAUUGUUUGUAGACCAUUAAGCCAUUUCAAUUUUACCUUGAAUUGAGACUAUUAUGAAAUAUGGUAAAUUACAUUUAAUUAUUUUUUUUUCUCAAAUAUCCCAUAUAGUUUUCCAUCAUAGACUAUAAAUAUCCACAAAAAAAUCACAUUUUCAAAAAAAAAUUAAAAAAUCUUCCUGUUCACGACAAAUAACUAUCCUUGGCUUGGAACACAUAAUGAAUAAACAAAAGAUGUGCAUUCCCAUAUUUUGAGUUCAUUGUUCUCUCUUUGCAUGAUAUUUGCCAUGAUGUUUCACAAUGAAGCAAUCCAGGCACAUGAAUGGACUACCCUCAUAGCCAGCACAAAAGGUUGACACUUUCUUUGCUCUUUUUGCUGCAAUUUUCCAUCCUUUGUUCAAUGAGGAGUCAUAAUUUGAAGAUGGACUGUAUAAUUCACCACAGGAAUCUUCAUCACCAGAGCCAUAUUCUGAAAUGACACUCUUCGCCUUCUUAACAGUAGACAAAUUGAUGGGUUCCAUUACCAGUAAAAAAAUAUAUGUAGAAUUGGUUAAUUUACUGUAUAAGGCAAUCAGUUGAACAAUUGUAAUAAUAUAUCAUAUGCAGUAGUUUAUAUUCAUAUAUAUGGGUAGGCGGUGGCUGAAUGGAUAGCAAGACGGCCCCGCGUUCAGGAGGACGCGAGUUCAAUCCCCGACCGGUGCCACCAAGCUGGGAUUUUUCAGCCGCCGCCGAGUGGCUUAAAACUACCCACAUGCUGUCCAGAAGACCACCUAUCAACCCGGACUCUAGAUUCUAGGAUUAAAGAUGAGCUCCGGGAGGGCAGCAUGAGCCAGUGCAAGAUGGUGCCACUAUAAACACUCACCUGCGCCAGAACGGGCUGGGCCGACCAGCAGGAUCCACCGGGAAGAAGCCUUGGACCGACCAUCAGGAUCCACCAGGAAGAAGCCUACCGGCGCAAUAGGC